AUGAGGUGUCGUCAUGCUGCUGCUCGACCGCGCGGGACGUUCGCCGCCACUGAGGGUGCAUCACCGUUGCCAGCCACAGAGCUUUGUGUGCAUGAAUGCAGCACCGGGACUGCUGCAGUGGUGGAGUCGCCGCCGUGGCACGAGUGUGGGGAGAGCAGCGGUUGCGGCGCUGACGGCAAGUUGUACAACGAGCUUUUUCAGCUAGAGGAGACGGUGCAGAAGAGGAGUGGGGCUCUGCAAACCACGCCUGUCGAUGUGCUUUCCAAGUCGUCGUCUGUGAUUGGAUCGGGUGCGCUCCAAACCAACCUGCCCACUGGUGAGCUCCUUCUGCAGAAGGAGGAGUUCCUGGAGCGGCUUGUGCAACGCGUGCGCAUGAGUUGCGCGGGUGUGCCGCCGGAGCACAGCGCCAGCACUUGCAACGCGGAACAAGAUGCGGAGCCUGGUGCGGUGCGUCAUCGGGAAACUUCUCCACUGCCUCGGCGGCUCUCGCCUCCCGGCGUCGAACUUGCUGAUGGCACAGGAGUACGCUCAAGCGAUGCAGGCCAUCGAUCGAUGGGGCGAUCGCGGUUGCGUAGUCCGUCGCUUAUGUCUGCCUCCUCCACGGUGAAGGGAUCGACCCUGGCAACUGCGGCGGAGCCGGCGCAAGCCGAAGCUGACGCGCUUGCUGGCCGACGAGCUCGAGCAGCUGCACGUGCAAUGCAUCAGCGGUCCCGUGUCACUUCGCCCGAUCCUCGACCGCCAUCUACCGACUUGUACGCGACGGGAGGAGCACUGCGGAGCAGCCUGCAGUACGGCCGCUGUUCUGGCGUAUCGCGGGGUCGGCGGUCUCUCAGCGCGGAGCGGCCUGACCACAGCGAUGCGUGCGCGCCAUUGGAUACUGAAAUGCAAGAAACCGAAGAGGUAGUGAACAGCUUCUGGGGUCGUGCGGCCGCGGCGUCGACUGGGACGCCCGGCGCAGCAGCAUGCAGGAGCCUUAGCGGCAUCCGCUCGGACUCUGUGCACAACCAGCUCUCACACCCACAAUGGAAUCCGCAUCCGGUACAGGCGGCUCGUCCGGUCUGGAAUCAGCGGCAGCCGCAGAGAAAGCAACGACCUGUGGUGAGUGUGCCAGGAUCGAAGCCGCCGUCGUCGGCUCGUCGUUGCGCGUCGCGCAUCCCCGAGACGUCCGCCAGCGCGCAGGGGCUGCGCGGCGCCAGGUCGGAGGAAAGGGACGCUACAGGGGCUUCUCACCGCAGAGCCGAGCGUGCUCUGAGGCGCACCGAGUCUUUGUCAAUGCAGCUGAAGCAGGAGCAGACGACAGCGCCGCGUCGCGCUGCCGGGCAAUCGCCAGGGGGAACUGUCGCCUUCCCCUUGUCUCCGCCAUCUGCGCGCACGCUCUUUCAGAUCCAUGAUGCACACAGCGUAGCGAAGACCACGUCACCGCUGGGAAAGGAGCAAGAGACGGCUCUGCAGAGCCAGUGCGACGCGGCGCUGGCACGGGCGACUCAGGCAGAGCGGCAGUGCAACAUUCUCUCCCACGCCCUGGAGCAGCUGCUCGUCGACCACGCGGCCGAGAAAGCGGCGUGGGAGGUGCGGCACGCAGCGCUCGAGCAGAGGCUGGCCUCAAUCACGGAGUGGAUUAGCGGUAUCGAUGCCGAGGCGAGCCUGGACGCAGCGCCCCACGAAGUGUCAAUUGCACGAACUCCAGAGACGGCGACCUCGGACACAACCACACCGCAGAUGGCUACCAAGCGAAACGAGAUGGGUGGCGAGGCCCUCCUCGCUGCCGCGAAGAACACCGCUUGGGAGGAGGAUGUAGACAUUGUUGAUCUUACCAACAACAGCGGCGCCUACAGCGCCGACAGCAGUCCCCUUCCGGGUGCCCCUGGCGCAACUCCCACGCCGGGCCGUCACGACAAUGCCAACGCCGACGGCGGGGGUGCCUCCACGUGUCAAGUGCACCUGCCGCCGUCGCCGCCACUAAUCCUGCACAUGCACGCCGCCACUACUCAGUAG